AUGGGGCCAGGCAUGCGGUCCCUGCAGACACCCCUGGCAGCAGGCUAUGGCUGGCCGCGCUGGGCCCCAACACCGCAGUAUUCAACUUCUGCUUUCAGGCAAGCGCGGCAGGCCAGCUUUAAAGAAAAUCUGUUUGCCUUUUUAGGCGUGGGCACCACCAACCUGAUUGCCAGCAACUCGCUGAAAACCGCGGGCCUGGAUAGCAGAACGCGGCUGGCGCGGCGAGAGGCUGCAGAGCGCACGCUGUGCAACUCGCUGCAGCUGGCCGUCGCCUGCGGCCUGCUGGCGGCGGCGGCGCUGCUGGCCGGCGGCCGCACCUUCUUCGCCGCCAUGGGCACGGCGCCCGAGCUGCUGGUGCCCGCCUGGCAGUACCUUUCCAUCAGGGUGCUGGCCGCGCCGGCGGUGCUGGCCACGGCUGUGUCCCAGGGCGCCUGCCUGGGCCAGCAGGACGCCUGGACGCCCUUCAAAGUGCUGCGAUCGGCAUGCUCGCGGUCGAUGCUGCUGCUGGCAUGCAGCAAUUUGCAUGAGCUCUCUGCAGCUGUGUGCCCGCUGGACUUGCCUUUGCCCUCGGCCUGCAGCGGGCGACAUUUAUCUCAUCUCGUGCCGCGGCAUGGGCGUGGUGGGCGCGGCGGCCGCCACGGCGGCAACACAGCAGCCGGCGUGCACACCCCAACCUUCCUGGCAGCUUCCUGCCUGCAGUACCUCGGCGCCGCCUAUUUCAUCUGGUACCUGUGGAGGCAUGGCAGCCAGCCCGACAGCAUCCGCCUGCGCUGGACGGAGGGCCUGCCCAGGGCGGGCCAGAUGCGGGAGUUCCAGGUCAUCGCGGUCACCCUCUUCACCCGCACAAUCUUCGGAAUGGCCGCCUACUUUAGGCAAGGCGGCGGGCGGCUGCUUGCUAUGAACUCCUUCUGGUUCCUGGCUUACUUUCCAGAGCCUCUCAGCCUGGCAGCACAGAGCAUGCUGGCCCGCGACAAGGGGCGCCCGCAACGGGCGGCCUACUGGGCGUGGCUGCUGCUGCGUAGCGGCGCAGUGCUGGGCCUGGGGCUGGCGGCGGCGGUGGGCGCGCUGUCCGCUGGGCGCGGCUGGAUGUUCACCACAGACGUUGCGGUACAGGCGGCGGUACGCCAGCUGGCGCCUGUCGCCAUGGCGGCCAUCUCUGUGUGUUCGGUGAUGAUGAUGUUUGAUGGUAUCAGCGUGGGCAGCGGCAGCUUUGCCCACCUGCCGCGCUCCAACGUGGCCGGCCUGGGUGUGACGCUCGCCGCAUUGCACGCUGGGCGGCAAGCCGGGCUGGGCUUGGGAGCCGUCUGGUGGGCGCUCGUUGCCUUCUACUCCACCCGCCUGCUGGGCCACCUGCUGCACUUCUGGCGAUGCCAGGGAGGCGUGUUUGCGGCAGAGGGCGCGGUGCCCACUGCCACGGUGGCAAGCUGA